UAGGGUCCUCCCAACAACACAAACAUUUCUUCUUCUUUGCUGCUGCUGCUGCUGCUUCUUCAAGCCUCAUCAGAUCCCAUAGAGCAAAUCUUUCUGAGCAUGCCUUAACUGCACAAACUGGUCAGGCUGAAAGUUGUAGGAAGGACGUAGAGGCAAAAAUGAAGCCGGUUUUCUUGCUUAACAAUCCGAACACCAUGUUCAGCCAUUCCGGUCCAAAAAAUAAUCAUUCAAUGGCUCCUGCUCAAUAUCCUUAUGCGGACGCAUACUUCGGUGGCCUAUUUACUCCGGAUGGGCAACCAGCGUUUGUAAGAUCGUCCAAGCUAUUCUGCCUUGCCGCAGUAGUUAUUCAGGCCCAGACGGGAGGAGGAAGUGCACCAGCACGAAUACUGCUACCGCUUGAUCUUGCUGAAGAUGGCCCUGUUUAUGUCAAUGCAAAACAAUAUAAUGGGAUUCUUAGAAGGAGGCGGUACCGUGCAAAGCUCGAGGCGCAAAACAAACUUGUCAAAUCUCGGAAGCCAUAUCUUCAUGAAUCUCGGCAUCGUCAUGCAUUGAAUAGGGUUCGGGGAUCCGGUGGACGUUUUCUUAGCAAACAGAAGCUUCAACUUCCUCCUGGCCCAACUUUCAACACAAGUUCCCGUUCCAUUUCCAAUGCCAGCUGCUCAGACCAAAUGAACAGUGGAUUAGAACUCGGGGGCCAUUUGCGUGCUGUAGAUUGCAGCGCUUCGAGUACAAGCUGCUCUGACAUCUCAAGCGUCUCCAACAACACUGGCAAUUUCCAGCGACCGAAACACGGAUUCAUGGACAUCUCUCCUGGCGCGAGCAGCAUGUGCAAUGGAAUCCAACACUAUGCUUCAAUUGUCAUGUGAGAAACCGGGUCAACGAAGUCGGCAACUCAUCCUUGGCUUUGAUAUUAUGUAUUAUAUCAUCAUUUCAACCAUCGAUCAUGCAUGCUGUGUAACUAUAAGUGUCUUGAGAAAAUCUGUUUUAAGAUUAGGCUGAAAAGAGUUUGACUUGUGUUGAACAAUGUUUUAUAAUGUUUUGAUGUAGCAAAUUAAGAUAAAAUGUUGACAUGUUUUUGGAUUU